AUGCAAUCUAACCAGCAUUUAAAGCAAGAGCACCAUCAUAUCUUUUCCCAAUCAAACUUUGGAGACCAAAAAGAAAGCUUGGCUUUAGAAACAUCUGUGUCAAGAGAUACUCCUAUCUUAGAGAAGAUUCAGUUAGAAGAAGAGAAGUAUCCGGAAGUUUUCGGAAAAGAAGAGGCAAAUCUGGAAGAAGAGAAUAAAGCCGAGCAAGUUUCACAAGAAGAUCUCUUAAUAUAUAAAGAAGUCACUUACUCCGAUGGAAGCUCUUACAAAGGACAAGUCAAAGCUGCCACUGAGGAGAGGCAUGGCCAAGGAACUUAUCUGUGGGAGGAUGGGAGAAAGUACAUUGGCCAGUGGAAAAAUGGACUAAGAGAAGGUUAUGGCACUUGGUAUUAUAAAAGUGGAGAUAUAUACGAAGGAGAGUGGGUAAAUGAGAUGUUCCAUGGUAAUGGAUUAUACACUUGGAAGGACGGAACAACUUACAAAGGAAAAUGGAGAAAUGACUGAAUCAAUGGAAAAGGACUCUACAUACAAUUAGACGGGUAUUCUUACGAAGGAGAGUAUAAAGAUAACAUGAAGCAUGGACAGGGAGUUGAAUUAUAUACCAAUGGAAACAGAUAUGUCGGACAAUUUCAGAAUGGCUUAAAACAUGGAGAGGGAGUAUAUACUUGGAUGGACGGAAGGACUCAUGAAGGACAUUGGGAAUAUGAUAAGAAGAAUGGCUCUGGAGUCUAUAUUGAUCCAGGCAGAAGGAGAAGAUAUGAAGGAAAUUGGAAGGACGAUAAAUUGCAUGGAAAGGCUACUCUUAUUUCUAGUAGUAGAGAAAGAAUCUCUGAGCAUUAUGACAAUGGCAAAAUGAUGCCAGUCCUGAAAUUCUGAAGAUAA